AUGAUCUCCAAUUCUUUACUACCACCAUCCAGCAGCAGUAGACAGCCAUCCUCAUACGAUGACAUCGCCGACAUUGAGAACAUCACAGAAGAAAGCAUUGUCAACACACUGAGAGACAGGUUUCUUCAAGAUCAAAUAUACACCCGUGUCAGAAACUCACUGCUUGUAGUCAUCAAUCCAUACAAGGACUCUCGUGCUGACAUCCAGGAGACAAGCGAGCAGUAUCUAGCAGAAUACAAGACCACGGAUGGCAGAGAGAAACGACCAGUGCACAUAUUUCAGCACAUCAAUCAAGCUUAUUUCCACAUGCGACGUACGGGCAGUGAUCAAUCCAUCGUAAUGAGUGGAAAAUCCGAAAUGCAUCAAUGGACACUGUACCACUUGGUGACACUCAGCAACCCAAAAAAGCCAUCCAAAAUACAGCAGAUGAUCCAAAAGGCCUAUGGUGCAUUAGAGGCCUUUGGACACGCAAAAACUACAGUCAACGAAAACGCAUCUCGCUUUGGAAAGUACCUGGAAUUGCAGUUCAACGAGCGAGGUCGCAUGAUCGGCGCCAAAUUCUUGGAUUACAUGUUGGAAAAGUCUCGAGUGGCGCACACCUCUGGCGACGAGCGUAAUUUCCAUAUAUUCUACUAUGUGUUGCACGGUUCUUCGCCAGAAGAGAAAUCUAUGCUCCAGCUCAACGAUGCAUCGUCCUAUGCUUACUUGUUCAAAACCAAAGAGGCAGCAAGGCUCGCCAGUGGACUUGUCAUGGAGGAUACCGAGAAAUACAACGAACUCAAAGCACUGCUAAAAUCGCUAGGCAUCAACAAAACCACAAUGCUUCAGAUCACGCAAAUCAUUGCAGCCAUACUUCACUUGGGCAAUUUGCAGUUCAUGGACGAUGCAACCAACAUGCAAGAUUCAGCCAUUGUCAAGAACACACAAGAACUGGAAAUUACUGCAGAACUAUUGGGCGUGGAAACCAAAGCACUGGAGACAUGCUUGACGUAUCAGACCAAGCUGAUCAAGCGAGACUUGACAACCAUCUUUCUCAAUGCAGAACAGGCAGCUCUUCAACGAGACGCACUUGCUGAAGCCAUGUACUCGCUACUGUUUUCUUGGCUUGUAGAGAGCUUUAACAAAAAGCUUUGCAAAUCAGAGUUCCAGAACUUUAUUGGCAUUGUGGAUUUCCCUGGUGCUGCUCCUAUGCAAACUGCUUCUUACGACCAGUUUUGCAUGCUCUAUGCCAACGAGAGGCUCCACCACUUUAUGUUGCAUCAGCUGUUUGAAAGAAACAGCCAAGUGUACUCUAUUCUAAAUAUACCCGCCACUAUGCAACCCACUGUCAACUACAACGAUCCAUGCAUACAACUGCUCGACGACGCUCAACACGGUUUGAUUGCCACACUCUGCCACCAAUCCUCAACCACAGACAGCCCUGAUAAAUGUGUCGAUUCAUUUAGACAACAUCACCGCAAGCACCCUUGUUUUGGAAUCAAAUCGAGUAUAGGAGGGAAAGGGCCCUUGUUCACCAUUCAGCACUUUACAGGCACAGUUGCUUACUCUCCUGCUGAAUUUGGGGUAAGAACGACUGAAACCCUUUGCGCUGACUUCAUGUCAUUAUUCGGCGCAGAUGGCACCAGUGUUAAUGAAGCACCUACCAACAGCCUUGUAACAAAACUAUUCUCUCAAAAAUCCAUCACCACUGAAAAGCACCCCAAAAGUACUCAUAUUGUAUCUGGACAGCAGUCUGGAAAACCACAUCGAUCACCCUCUGUGAAGCGCAAAUCAGACACCAUGCCAAUAGCAGACACAGCCAACAACAACGCCAGUCGAGCUGGACAAUUGAGAGAAGGUGUGCAGGACAUUAUUGACACAUUGACUUGUACAAAAACGUGGUUUGUCCUCUGCCUUCGCUCCAACGACUUGUUACUACCACAUUCAUGCGAUUCCAAGAAAUUGAUAGCACAAGCCAAAAUGUUCCAAUUACUGGCACUUGCCAUCCGAGCCAAGCGAGAGUACACAAUUCAAAUGGAACUGCAAGAGUUUUGCGAUCGAUACAUGGACCUGAUUCACGCGACGUCAGUCGAAUUGGAUGCUGAACCAAGAGACAAGUGGCUCGCUUUACAAGAUGCGUUUCACUGGAAUGAAAAGAUGAUGAUACAAGAAAACGAAAAGGUCUAUUUAACAGAGUCUGCAUGGACUUUGCUGGAAAACAAGCUGCGUGCUAUCGAAAAACGAGAGCAGCGAAGAGCAAGAUGCAUAGCCAAAGGCAUUCCAUUUGUGGAAGAAGAAGAGGACGCGUUUGAUACCAUGAGUCAAGUAUGCUCUCAGUUGAUGCCACCCUCAUGCAGAUCAAUGGCUGAGUCUGGUUCCGUCUACUCUGAAGAAUGCUUUGACGCUUGUUUCGAAGAAGAAUCCAAUUCAGUGUGUUCACACCAAUGCGACAGUAUAGUACAAACCAUUGCCAUGAGUGGCACAGAUGACGAAAAGCAACACCAUCACCAUCUAUUUGGCGCUGAAGACGACGACGUGGGUGUCAAGCAGCCCAUAACCAAAACUGACGACAAGGAUAAAAAGAACAAGAAUCCGCGUACAAGCCGCUCAAGAGGCUGCUGGGUGGUGUUGACAUGGCUGACGACAUGGUGGAUUCCCAGCAUCAUCAUGAACCGUCUCUGUGGGAUGCGUCGAUCCGAUAUCCGUAUGGCCUGGCGCGAAAAGGUCACCCUAUGUGGCCUCAUCUUUCUGCUAUGUGCUGUCAUGAUUUGGUUCAUUGCCUUCUUCGGUAGACUCGUGUGUCCGCAUCAAGACUUGUUUACUCAAUCAGAACUGCAAGCGAAAUCCGACCGAGACAAUGCAUUUGUAGCUAUUCGCGGAGAGGUCUUUGAUCUCACCUCGUUUGCUCCACGACAUUGGGCUUCGGAAGUAAUUCCGACCAACGCCUUGUUUCAGUACGCUGGACAGGAUGCCAGUGAUCUCUUUCCUGUGCAGGUUUCAGCUGUCUGUGAUGGCAUUGAUGGCACUGUGCCCAAGGAGGUCACCCUAGAUGUCCAUAUCAAUAUCACGGAUUCAAAUGCAGCGUAUCACGACUUUAGAAGCUUCCGCGACGACUACCGUCCUGACUGGUACUUUGAGCAAAUGGUGUAUCUGCGCAGAAACUACCGCAUCGGCUUUAUGGGCUAUGACCCGGUGGACAUCAAGAACCAAGCAGCGUAUCCAGUUCAAAUUGGCGGUAUUAAUACACAGCGUCAAUGGGCCAUCCUGCACAGCAAUGUUUUUGAUCUCACUUCUUACAUGAUGGGCGGCCGUGUGCCUCGUACAGCAAAAGGCCAAGAGCUUCCCUCCAACAUCAACCUGGACUUUAUUGACAACUCGAUUACUGAACUGUUUCGCCAAUUAGCAGGAACCGACAUUUCUGCUCAUUUUGAUGCUUUACCACUGGACAAGACUGUAAGAGAGCGCCAAUUGAUCUGCAUGCGAAACUUGUUUUUGGUGGGCAAGGUGGAUACACGCAACUCGUUGCAGUGCUUGUUCUCGGAAUACCUCUUAUUGCUGAUCACUGGCUUCUUGUGCAGCAUUAUCUUGUUCAAGUUCCUGGCUGCACUUCGGCUGGGAACACAACGCAUACCUGAGGAAUACGACAAGUUCAUCAUCUGCCAAGUACCUUGCUACACAGAAGGAGAAGAGUCAUUGAGAAAGACCAUCAAUUCACUGGCUGUGCUACGAUACGACGACAAACGCAAGCUACUGUUCUUGAUUGCGGAUGGCAUGAUUGUUGGCAGUGGCAACGACAAAUCAACGCCUCGCAUCGUGCUGGAUAUACUCGGUGUGGAUCCCAACACAGAUCCAGAGCCCAUGUCCUUUUUGGCAUUGGGCGAAGGCAGAAAACAGCACAACAUGGGUAAAGUCUAUUCUGGCUUAUACGAGUGUUGUGGACAUGUAGUGCCUUUUGUCGUGGUGGUCAAAGUAGGCACGCCUGAAGAGAGACAGAAGCCGGGCAAUCGUGGUAAACGGGACUCUCAAAUGGUGCUGAUGCGCUUCCUCAACAAGGUCCAUUUCGAUGCUCCCAUGACACCAAUGGAACUCGAAAUCCAUCACCAACUCAAGAAUGUCAUUGGUGUGAACCCUGGUUUCUAUGAGUUUGUGCUCAUGGUCGAUGCCGAUACAGAGGUACUACCUGAUUCCUUGAACCGCAUGGUAUCCUGCUUUGUCAACGACGCCAAGAUUGUGGGACUCUGCGGCGAGACCAUGCUCUCCAACGAGAAGGAUACGUGGGUGACCAUGAUUCAAGUAUACGAGUAUUACAUUUCGCACCACUUGGCCAAGGCAUUUGAGUCGCUUUUUGGAUCCGUUACUUGCUUGCCUGGCUGCUUUUGCAUGUACCGCAUUCGCUCUACCACACGCAAUCAGCCCUUGCUAGCAUCCAAUCAGGUCAUCGAAGACUACGCCGAGAACCAUGUCGACACUUUACACAAAAAGAACCUGCUGCAUCUAGGCGAAGAUCGCUAUCUGACAACCCUAAUCUUAAAGCACUUUCCAAACUACAAGACCAAGUUCACUCCAGAUGCCGCUUGUAUGACAAACGCCCCAGACCAAUGGCCAGUGCUACUCUCUCAACGUCGAAGAUGGAUCAACUCUACGGUGCACAAUUUGGGCGAACUCAUGUUUCUGCCUCAGUUGUGUGGUUUCUGCUGUUUCUCGAUGCGAUUUGUAGUCAUGCUGGAUCUACUCAGUACGCUGGUGAUGCCAGCCGUUGUGUGUUAUUUGGGCUAUUUAGUGUAUCAGUUGUGUACCAAUACCAAUCAGGUGCCUCUCAUGUCGAUCAUUACAUUGGCAGGUGUGUAUGGCCUACAAGCUGUCAUUUUCAUCUUGAGACGCAAGUGGGAGCACGUCGGCUGGAUGAUUGUUUAUAUACUUGCUAUUCCUGUCUUUUCUUUCCUUAUUCCGAUCUAUGCGUUCUGGCAUUUUGACGAUUUCUCCUGGGGUAAUACACGUAUUGUUGUCGGUGAGAAGGGUCAAAAGAAGGCUGUGGGUCCAGAAGAAGGCACGUUUGAUCCAGACACUAUUCCGACCAAAUCAUGGUCUCAACACGAACAAGAGAUGAUGGAAGAAUGGGAGCGACACUCUGUCUGUUCCAAGCAUAGCAGAGAAUCAGAUUGCUCUUGUGAGAACCACACACAGCAGCAUCCAUCAGCAAGCACGCUUGAUCGCCACCACCACUCACAUUGUUCAUCCGCAUCUACUUUCAUGCACUCGCAUCUCACAACGGAACAAGAGGACCACCAAGACGAGGAUCAUCAAGAUAACGAUAAGCAAAUGGAAUGGUUAUACAGCAGCCAUGGUGGUACAUUACCGCAUCAUUAUAGCGUUGGUGCUGGUGCUGGUGGCGGAGGGGGCCUGAGCGUUGCAAAUAGCAACAGCGGCGGCAACUACAGCGGGGGUGAUGGUAGUAGUAACAAUGCUGUGAUGGCGCAUCAUCUCUCGUCCUCCUCAUCCUUCUUUCAUGGUCCGAACUUUUCGAGGGCACCUUCCAUGAUGGGAUCCAACUCUUUCUUUGCCAUACCAAGUGAUGCAGCCAUUAUUCAAGAGAUUGAGAACCUACUGGACCAUCAUGAUUUAAUGCAGCUCUCCAAAAAACGCAUUCGUGACACCCUCUCUGACAUAUUUGGUGUGGAUAUGACAUGUAAAAAGGAAUUUAUCAAUCGAUGCAUUGAUGAGUUGCUCUCUGUUCGAUUGUAA